CAGACGGGAAAGAUCCUCGGCAGCCUGUCAAAGGAUUUUUGAAAAACGAUUACGAAAUGGAGUUAAGAGUGCUGUUCUCCCUCAUUUAUUCCUCUGGUUUUCUGUGCGUCCUUAACAGUCAAGAGCCCAAAACUCCUGACGUCACGGAUCUGGCCUUCAAAAAUAUUGACUUUGCCAUGAACCUCUAUCGCAAGAUAUCAAGUUAUCAUGACAAAAACAUCUUCUUCUCGCCGCUGAGUGUUUCCACGUCUUUCGCCACGCUCUUACUGGCCUCCAAGGGCUCGACACGCAGUCAGAUGGCGAAGGGCCUGAAUCUGGACUCUCUGGACGGGACUGGAGACGCGACGCUCAUCCCACAGCUCUUUGAGCAGCUGCAGAAGAACAUCUCGCAGGACGGAAAACUGCACAUGGAGCAGGGCACGGCACUCUUCGUAGACGAGCGCUUUAACGUCGAGAGAGUCUUCAGCGAUCAGAUCAAGACGUUCUUCGGUGCCGAUGUGAACAAUGUGGAUUUCAGUGAGACAGAGCUCAGCAAGAGCACCAUCAACGAGUAUGUGAGCAGAAAGACCGGCGGCAAAGUGAACGAAAUGGUGACGAGCGUCGAGCCGCUGACGCAGAUGAUGCUCCUCAACACCAUUUUCUUUCAGGGUGACUGGGAUAGUCCGUUCGACCCCAACAGCACAGAAAUGAGUCGCUUCUAUGUGGACAAGUACAACAUCGUUCAAGUCCCCAUGAUGGUGAAGGAGGACAGAUUCUCCACGGCUGAGGACCGAGAGCUGCGCGCUCGAGUGCUGCGUCUG